AUACAUACCGACUUAUAUAUCAUAUGCAUCUCCCAUCUUUCUAUUAUCCUACAUUCAUUGAUUUACUCAAAAGUUUUACAUAAUAAUUUGACAUAGAAAUGCCCACGAUGAACUGCAACACUCGAGCACCUUGCAGCACGAGAUCAUGGUCUGUCAGCGAAGAUUCAUUGAAGAGGUACGUGUUCUUCGCAAGCGAGAGCUGCAUACAGGAGUUGCUCUCAGCCUCAGAUUCCAACAGGCCUGAUAACGGAGACGACGGAUGGAAAGUGCUAGCUUUGGAUGAUGGCGUUGAGAUAUCAAAACGUCGGUCUGGAUCUGGAUCUUUUCACACUUUUCGUAGCCGGUGGUUGCUUAAAUCUGUCUCAACGGAAAAAUUCAUCACAGUUGCCAACGCCAUCGAUGCUGCCAAGCAAUGGGAUUCAGAUUUAGUGGAAGCAAGGUACAUCAAAGAUCUUGAUGAAAACCUCAGCAUCAUACGACUAAGAUUUGGCGAAAGCUCCAAACCACUUUUUCGUAACCGAGAGUUCAUCGUGUACGAGAGACGAGAAACAAUGGACGAUGGGACACUGGUGGUAGCAGUAGCUUCAUUGCCAAAAGAGAUAGCAGCAGGAUUGCAGCCAAAACAGAAUAAUUCCAUUAGAGGGUUUCUUGUGCAGUCGGGAUGGGUUGUAGAAAAACUUGAUGAUGAGUCAUGCAUGGUCACUUAUGUUGUUCAGUUGGAUCCGGCAGGAUGGUUACCGAAGUUCUUUGUGAAUCGUUUCAACACAAAACUGGUGAUGAUCAUUGAAAACCUUUGGAAACAAGCCCAAGCUUGCUCUGCGAUUCCUUCUAUCACUGAUCCAUCAUGAAACAUCAAACCACCUUUAUUAAUUCUGCUUCUACUUGUUCUUUUGGGUAAGAAUUAUCAGCAACAUAUAUACAUACAAACUUUAUCCU